AGCCAUAGUAACACCAGUGAGCUUCAGGGAAGGGAAAUACCUGGAAGGGUGCCGACGUGUGACUGACGGCCCGCCACAGCCAAUCGCCGCAGGGGGCGGGCCUAGCGCUGUAACCCUAGCUGAGCGCCGAUGGUGUAGUGAGCGCUAGGCUGUACGUGUGCGGUGUGUGUGUGAGAGUGUCAGGGAAUACAGUGGAGCAGUGUCUCUGGCCGGAGACAGGCUGUUGCAUUUCAGUGCUCACCGCAGCUAUCCGGUUAUGUGUGGGGGGAGGGCUGCUGACAGACACGUUUUCUUCUUCUCCAUGCUGGUGAAUCAUAUCUGACAACCGCAGACGGAAAGGGCAGCGCACACGCCAGUUUCUCUCCGGGAUAUACACACAUUGCAGCCCGCGGCCGGACAUGUCUGAACACAAGGCCACUGAUCCCAAGUUGUCUACGUUGGACAGGGCGGUGAAAGCUGUACCAUUUCCGCCAAACCAUAGGCUCACUGCAAAAGAAGUAUUUGAUAAUGAUGGCAAGCCCCGGGUAGACGUAUUAAAAGCUCACUUAAUGAAAGAAGGAAGACUUGAGGAGAGUGUCGCUCUUCGAAUUAUAACCGAAGGAGCUUCAAUUCUUCGUUUGGAAAAAAAUUUGCUUGACAUUGAUGCACCAGUCACAGUUUGUGGAGAUAUCCAUGGGCAGUUCUUUGACCUGAUGAAGUUGUUUGAAGUGGGAGGAUCACCUGCCAACACGCGUUACCUCUUCUUGGGAGACUACGUUGACAGAGGAUACUUCAGCAUUGAAUGUGUGUUGUACUUGUGGGCCUUGAAAAUUCUAUAUCCCAAAACUCUGUUUUUACUGCGCGGGAAUCAUGAAUGUAGACAUCUAACAGAGUAUUUUACCUUCAAACAAGAAUGUAAAAUAAAAUAUUCAGAAAGAGUGUAUGACUCCUGCAUGGAUGCCUUUGACUGCCUUCCUCUGGCUGCUCUGAUGAACCAGCAGUUCCUGUGUGUACAUGGUGGCUUAUCUCCAGAAAUCAACACGUUAGAUGACAUUAGAAAAUUAGAUCGCUUUAAAGAACCACCUGCAUACGGGCCCAUGUGUGAUAUUUUGUGGUCAGAUCCUCUGGAAGACUUUGGCAAUGAGAAGAGCCAAGAACAUUUCACUCACAAUACAGUUAGAGGGUGCUCUUAUUUUUACAGCUACCCAGCUGUCUGUGAAUUUCUUCAGCACAAUAACUUGUUAUCUAUACUUCGAGCUCACGAAGCCCAGGAUGCUGGGUAUCGUAUGUAUAGAAAAAGCCAAACAACAGGCUUCCCCUCCUUAAUCACAAUAUUUUCAGCACCAAAUUACCUAGAUGUAUACAAUAAUAAAGCUGCAGUAUUGAAGUAUGAGAACAACGUCAUGAACAUCCGACAGUUUAACUGUUCUCCUCAUCCAUACUGGCUUCCAAAUUUCAUGGACGUCUUUACUUGGUCCUUACCAUUUGUUGGAGAAAAAGUGACAGAGAUGCUUGUAAAUGUACUUAGCAUUUGCUCUGACGAUGAACUCUGCUCAGAUGAAGAUGCUGAUGACCAUCUUAUUUAUGCACAGAAAAAAGGAGCAACAGCUGCAGCUCGUAAGGAAGUAAUUAGAAACAAGAUUCGCGCUAUUGGGAAAAUGGCAAGAGUGUUCAGCGUACUAAGAGAAGAGAGUGAAAGUGUGCUGACUCUGAAAGGUUUGACACCCACCGGGAUGCUGCCUAGUGGAGUUCUGUCUGGAGGCAAACCAUCACUCCAAAGCGCUACUGUUGAGGCUAUAGAGGCCGAUGAAGCAAUCAAAGGAUUCUCGCCGCAGCAUAAGAUAACUAGCUUUGAAGAAGCCAAAGGCUUGGAUCGCAUUAAUGAAAGGAUGCCACCACGCCGAGACGCUAUGCCUUCAGAUGCCAAUCUUAACUCUAUCAACAAGGCUAUUUCUUCAGAGACCAACGGCACUGACAGCAACGGCAGUAACAGCAGCAAUAUCCAGUGACCACUUCCCGUCUAUUAAUAUAUAUUUUUUGUAGCUGCACAGCAUGAUGGGAUUGCCGCUCAUCAGCGGAUGGGUGAUCUUGAUUUGAGUAAAUGCUACUUACUGUUGGGGUUGGUGUUCAAUUCAGUUUACAGUGUCAUCUUAAGAGAGAGCAAUCUGUUCUAGUGGGGGCACUAAUCUCAUCUGGAUAUGCCUAUAAAUGCUUGUAGAAAACAUACACACAGAUAUUGCUUACCUAUAUAGAACAUAUUUUCCAAUGAUAUUGGGAACCUGUAGUUAUAUUACAGAAAGGCCUUCUUUUAGUUACUGAACAUACAGUACAUAUUUGUCUAAUUUCUUUCUUACUAUAUUGUAUGUUUACAUUUGCAACUCUACAACUAGACAUUACAAAAUUUUUAACAUAAAGUGCAAACGAGAAUAAGGACUAUUUAUUGAUAAUGUUUUGUUACGCUCGUCUGAUUGGCUUUUUUCCUUCUCCCCUUCUUCUCUCUGUGGGAGGUGUCUGCUUUGGAUCACUGUUUAAUAAAUUGCAAGCACCCCUGACAGUGCAUGGGUUUCACACACCAUUUAUAUGGGUAGUCUUAAUGGCACCGGUGCUGGGACACAGACUUUGGUGUAUUGCCUCAACAAUGGAGGACAAAUGGGAAAAAAAAAUAAAAAAAUGGAAAAAAAAUGUAAGAAUGUUGAAAUUGCAAAAGAUGCCAAAAAAGGAAGGUUUAAUUUUGUACAGAUUAUGCUUACCUCAGGUUACAUUAUUGUGCUUGAAUGCCCUUAUUAUUAUUAUUAUUAUUAUAUAACACAUAGCUUACUUAUUUGGCAGUGAAUAUCUUUUUCUUUUUUUUUCUUUUUUUAUAUAUUAUUUUACUUUAAAAAGCAAAACUGGAAUAAUGAUAUCCAUUCUAUUUUUUGCUGUUCUAUCUAGGGUUUUUUGGUAAAUAAAGUAUUGGUUGUGGCUUGCUGAAUUUUAAUAUUUAUGAGUGGUGCAUUUUUAAGUAUAGUGAACAAGACACCAUAUUAAGUGCAGUGAAAAGCAUCUAUAUUCUGUAAAAAUCCGCCUAUGCAUGUUUUUUAAGACAAAAUGGCUGUAUAGGCCUGUAUGGGACUGUAAUGCGCUUAGUGGUUGGACUUAAUACUGGAAAUGUAUGUAUACUGGCAUACUUUAUAUUCUCUUAAAACGCUUAAUGCCUUUGAAAUUUUGUAAUCAAACUAAAAGUAAAGCUUUGAAAAAAUGUAAAGAGGAGAGAAGACUAUUCUUAAUGUUUUAUAACAUACGCUUGUCAGUGCACACAUAUAUAUGGUUAGCAUGUUUAGCAGAACUUGUGAGAUUUAAAAUAAGUUUGUGGUUACAUGUGGAACUCUUUAAGUGCAUGAUAACUGUUAGUGUCAUAAUAGUUUGGUCAUUCUGUUACGUUUUGUCAUGUGCCACAAUGUGUAAUUCUUUUCACUUAUUCCCCCUUUAUCAUAUGAGUUACGGGUUAUUACUGACUCUUCAAGAAACCUAAAAAGCGAAUUGGAUAAAAUAAGUCCAUUGAUAUUUUCUAACAAUUGUUUAAGUGCCCAAGUAAUUCACUACAGCCUAAAGCCUUGCCUUUGUAAUUUGACUUCUGAAAUGUUGGCAAUCGAAGCAUGCACGUGUAACAAUGACAAGAAAACAAACAUUUUAUAUUACUACUCAAUAAAAUGUGCAUGAACUUAA